AUGCCUACCAGGAAACAGAGCCCAGAGGAGCGACGACGGGGCGAAAUCGCUCUCAGCGAGUUUGCAGAGUAUGCCGAGAAACAACAGGCCCACCGCUCCACCCAAGUCGCACCCAGCGACAGUGGCUAUUCCACCGCUAGUAUAUCGCGGGAUUUCGAAGACCAUGCUGAGUUGGACAUCCUAGAUCAACUCGAGCUAUCUGAUACCCCCCGACCAGCCAAGCUGAAGGAGCUUCUCCUCGGCACUGGUGAUGCCGUUGAAGAUAGCCUACAGAUGCUCGCUGGAACACUGCAAACACGGAUAGACGAAGGCCACGGAGAGACCAUAUUCGAUCUCGGAUUGGAGGAUGGCGGUGAAUCCAUGGGCUUCGACCUCAACCAGUGGAAUAUUGCGCUACAGCGCUUGCGCGAGGCGGCCGAGACCAUUCCUGCCCAUUGCCGGGUAUUGUUAACCUACAAUGUUGGAGGCCCGGAGGAAUCACCCGUGAAUGCUGAUCGGGUCUCAAGCUCCUGGGGCAAAGUUCUUGUGCGCCACCAUCCCGAUAACAUCGAGGAGCUGGCAGAGCUUCGGGUCGCGGUGGUGGGGAAUGUGGAUGCCGGCAAGAGUACCAUGCUUGGUGUUCUUGUGAAAGGCAACCUUGAUGAUGGACGUGGUCGUGCGCGAGUCAACCUCUUUCGCCAUAAACAUGAAAUUGAAAGCGGGCGAACCAGCUCCGUCGGCUUGGAGAUCAUGGGUUUUGACAGCCGGGGUGAGAUUGUCGGCAAUUCCCACGGCCGGAAACUGUCCUGGGAAGACAUUGCGAAACGAUCUGCCAAGGUCAUCUCGUUCUCUGACCUGGCGGGCCACGAGCGAUACCUCCGUACCACUGUUUUCGGAAUGCUGAGCAGCAGCCCCAAUUACUGCUUGCUCAUGGUCGCCGCCAACAACGGUUUGAUCGGCAUGAGUAAAGAGCAUUUGGGCAUUGCCCUAGCGCUCAAUGUGCCUGUCAUGGUCAUCGUCACCAAGAUUGACAUCUGCCCACCUCAUAUUCUGCAAGAGACCUUGUCUCAACUGGCCAAGAUUCUCAAAUCUCCUGGCGCGCGUAAGAUCCCCAUAUUCGUGAAAGACAUGGAGGAGACUAUCAACACGGCUACGCAAUUCGUAAGCCAGCGGAUAUGUCCUAUCUUCCAGGUCUCCAACGUCACAGGACACAAUCUCGACCUAGUCCGAACUUUCCUAAACAUUCUCCCUCAUCGCGGCCAAUACGACCCCUCGGGAGCAUUUGAAUUCCUAAUCAGCGACACCUUCUCUGUUCCCCACGUGGGCACGGUUGUCUCUGGCGUCGUAAAAUCCGGUGUUAUCCAUGCUGGUGACUCUGUCCUGGUGGGACCGGACUCGCUCGGUCAGUUCACUACCACUGUUAUUAAAUCCAUUGAGCGCAAACGUGUCCAAGUGAAUGCUUGUUUCGCCGGCCAAUCUGGAUCAUUUGCGCUCAAGCGAGUCCGUCGAAAAGAAGUGCGCAAGGGAAUGGUGGUGCUCAAAAAGUCGGAGGAAUCUCCCAAGGUGUACCGCGAGUUCGUCGCAGAGGUUCUGAUUCUUUCUCACGCAACUACCAUCAAGCCUAAAUAUCAGGCUAUGCUCCACGUCGGGGCUGUCAGCCAGACAUGCUCGGUCAUUGACAUUGAUCGUCCUUUCAUUCGCACUGGUGAUCGAGCCCUGGUAGCGUUCAGAUUCAUACAGCGUCCUGAAUUCCUAGCUUGUGGAGACCGAGUGCUCUUCCGAGAGGGCAAGACCAAAGGACUCGGGAUUGUCAAGAGCAUCGGUUAUGAUCCAUCAAAACCUCUGAAUCCAAAUGCCCAGGAGGGAGCUACUACUCCUACCCCUGUCCAAAAGAUACCCCAUGAUUGA